GGGGUAGGGGCGGGGCUGCCGGUGCCGCCGUGACCGUUGGCUGCGGCGAUCGCUCCCGUGGCCCUGUGGCGGCGGCAUGCAGAACGUCAUCAACACGGUGAAGGGGAAGGCCCUGGAGGUGGCCGAGUACCUCACUCCCGUCCUCAAGGAGUCCAAAUUUAAAGAAACUGGAGUCAUUACACCUGAAGAAUUUGUCGCAGCUGGCGAUCACUUAGUUCACCACUGUCCUACUUGGCAAUGGGCUUCAGGAGAAGAACUAAAAGUCAAGGCUUAUCUGCCAACAGACAAACAAUUUUUGGUAACUAAAAAUGUACCGUGCUACAAAAGGUGCAAGCAGAUGGAGUACUCAGAUGAACAGGAAGCAAUUAUAGAAGAAGACGAUGGUGAUGGGGGAUGGGUAGACACCUUUCACAAUGCAGGUAUAGUGGGUGCAACAGAAGCAGUUAAGGAGAUCACACUAGACAGUAAGGAUAAUAUAAAAAUACCAGAGCGAUCAGCAUCCUGUGAAGAUGAUGAUGAUGAAGAUGAAGGAGAAGCUGCAGACAUGGAAGAGUAUGAAGAAAGUGGGCUAUUGGAGACAGAUGAUGCAACGCUUGACACAAGACAGAUUGUAGAAGUUAAAGCUAAAGUUGAUGUUGGAGGAGAAGAUGCUAUUCUACAGACUAGAACUUAUGACCUCUACAUCACUUACGACAAAUAUUACCAAACUCCAAGGCUCUGGUUAUUUGGAUAUGAUGAGCAACGGCAGCCUUUAACAGUAGAGCAUAUGUAUGAAGACAUUAGUCAAGAUCAUGUCAAGAAAACCGUGACCAUUGAAAAUCAUCCUCACCUUCCUCCACCUCCCAUGUGCUCAGUUCAUCCAUGCAGGCAUGCAGAAGUGAUGAAGAAAAUAAUAGAGACUGUUGCAGAAGGUGGAGGAGAACUUGGAGUUCACAUGUACCUUCUUAUUUUCUUGAAAUUUGUACAGGCAGUCAUUCCAACAAUAGAAUAUGACUACACAAGGCACUUUACAAUGUAACUAAGAUAAAAGAUCCUCUAUCAAGUCUUUUUUUUUUUAAAUAACCAAUCCAUGUGACAUACAUUAUACACAGUUUCUGUAAUUAACCUUUUAUCAAGCUGAUAGAUUAAAAUAAAAUGUUCCAUUACCAGCCUUUUUAAUAAAAGUUUUUGUGUGUAAUAAAUAAAUCACUUUCAUUCCCGUAUA